GGUCGACCGUGAGCGGAUGUGUUCUUCACGGCUCUGCUUUGCGGCACACGCUUGCGAGAGAAGCGCGUCUGGUUAGCUGCGGGAACCAACGGCACAGAUCAGAGAUGAUUGAGGUGGUUUGUAAUGAUCGUCUGGGGAAGAAGGUUCGAGUCAAAUGCAAUCAGGAGGACACGAUCGGAGACCUGAAGAAGCUGAUCGCAGCUCAGACCGGCACACGGUGGGAGAAGAUCGUGCUCAAGAAAUGGUACACCAUAUUCAAGGACCAUGUGUCGCUGGGAGACUGUAUCCUUCACACGCAACUCACUGUCAGCUCCAGCAAAGGCUUAAAGGAGUACUUCUGAGUGUGUUUCUUCAUC